AUGGGUUUGAAAGGAUUUGUUGAGGGUGGUAUUGCUUCAAUUGUUGCAGGGUGUUCAACGCAUCCUCUGGAUCUGAUCAAGGUCCGAAUGCAACUUCAGGGGGAAAAUCAUGUUCCAAACCCUAACCCACAAGUUCUUCGUCCAGCUUUUGCGUUCAACACUACCACUAUGGUUCAAGAAACACUUCACAUUCCACCACCACCACCGCCGAGAGUGGGACCCAUUUCGGUUGGGAUUAAUAUUUUCCAAACCGAAGGUGUUUCCGCCUUGUUUUCCGGUGUCUCUGCCACUGUUCUCCGCCAGACUUUGUAUUCCACCACCAGAAUGGGCUUGUAUGAAGUUUUUAAGCAGAAAUGGACCGACCCGGAGUCGGGAAACAUUUCCCUCGGCCGGAAAAUAACCGCCGGAUUGGUUGCUGGCGGCAUUGGCGCGGCUGUCGGAAACCCUGCGGACGUGGCAAUGGUCCGCAUGCAAGCCGAUGGUCGCCUUCCAAUUUCUCAGCGCCGCAACUACAAGGGAGUAGUGGAUGCAAUAACACAGAUGUCAAAACAGGAAGGGAUUCCUAGCCUGUGGCGCGGUUCAUCUCUUACGGUAAACCGUGCUAUGAUCGUCACGGCAUCACAACUCGCAACUUACGAUCAGAUCAAGGAGGCGAUAUUGAAGCGUGGCGUGAUGAGAGAUGGGCUUGGGACCCACAUCACGGCGAGCUUCGCCGCUGGUUUUGUGGCCGCGGUGGCAUCGAAUCCGAUUGAUGUGAUCAAGACCAGGGUGAUGAACAUGAAGGUGGAGCCAGGGAUGGUUGCACCGUAUUCGGGUGCACUUGAUUGUGCCCUCAAAACAGUGAGAGCUGAGGGACCCAUGGCACUGUACAAGGGGUUCAUCCCUACAAUUUCUAGGCAGGGCCCAUUUACUGUUGUGCUGUUUGUGACCCUUGAACAAGUCCGGAAGAUUAUGAAGGAUUUUUAA